AUAAAUAAUAAACAGAAAUGACAGGUCACACAUUUUUGGUGUGACACCUGUUCCGGAUAUAUAAAAAAAAAAAUUAAAAAAAGAAAGAAACAUUUUGGAAAAUUACAAAAAAAAAAAAAAAUUCCGGAUGUAGUUUUAUUCUGAAGUGCUGCACCGGAAGCUAGUGUGUAGUUCACUGUCUAGCUUCCCGGUGGUUUAAAUGAGACCGUGAACGUUCCCAGCAGCUCACAGUGAACACACCGUCUAACGGCUACAGUCCACCGUCUACCGGCUCUCUACCGGCUCUCUACCGGCUCUUCACCGGCUGUUUACCGGCUCUCUUCAGCUGCUGGAGGCGGUAAUGUUGGUUUUAAGAGUUUGUUGGAUUUAUUAGUUUGUCCGGAUAAAAUCAGCUUCACUUCUACAACCGAUAAAGAGACGUUUAGGAGAAAGAAGCUCAUCUUUUAACGCUGAUGUAAAGCAGUUCAAGGUCAAAGGUCAAAGACUGCCGUCCUCUCACCUGCACUUGGACCCAAGAGCCAUUAAACAGGUACAUAUGGGUCAGGGGGAGGUUUCAGCUCGAGGCUCGGCCAUGGAGGGGGACUGCCUCAGCUGUAUGAAGUACCUCAUGUUCAUCUUCAACUUCUUCAUCUUUCUGGGCGGCUCCUUCCUGCUGGGUGUUGGCGUCUGGGUGCUGGUGGACCCGAUGGGCUUCAGGGAGAUCGUGGCGGCCAACCCGGUGCUGUUCACCGGCGUCUACGUCAUCCUGGCGAUGGGCAGCAUGCUGUUCCUGCUGGGCUUCCUGGGCUGCUGCGGAGCCAUCCGGGAGAACAAGUGUCUGCUGCUCUUUUUCUUCAUGCUCAUCCUCUUCAUCUUCCUGGCCGAGCUGGCAGCCGCCAUCCUGGCGUUCCUCUUCAGGGAAAACUUAACCAGAGAGUAUUUCAGCAGGGAGCUGAAGCGCCACUACCAAGGUCACAACAACACCGACGUCUUCACGUCCACAUGGAACGCCAUCAUGACCACGUUCGACUGCUGCGGCGUCAGCGGCCCCGAGGACUUCGAGGAGAGCCUCUUCAGGCUCCUCAGCCCCAGUAAGACGGUCCCCGAGGCCUGUUGCCAGAGGAACGGUUACCCCGGAGACGUCGGCGUGGAGCAGUGUGUGAGCGGCAGCGUGGUCUUCAGACACAACAAGGGCUGCUACUCCGCAAUGGUCGACUACUUUGAGACGUACAUUUACACAGCAGGUGCUCUGGCCAUCGUGGUGAUCACUAUUGAACUCUUCGCCAUGGUGUUUGCGAUGUGUUUGUUCAGAGGCAUCCAGUAACCGCUGCGUCCACACAACGCAUCAUCACCAGCCGCCAGACGAGCACAAAGCAGAAGGAAAACAAAAAAACUGUAAAAUAUGAAAUGUAUUUGUACAGCGAUAGUUUAUGUGUCUCAUUGGUUUUGUGACAUCAUUUUGUACUUCACAGCAGCAGCAGGAGGAGGAGGAGGAAGAGUUUGAGGUACUGCUUUGGGCACAAUAGACACACACAGGAAGUAAUCCGCCACCUGAGGAUGAGCUUCUGCACUGUUUUCUCUAAAGUAAAGGAUUAACACUGGUGCUAAGAGGCUCUGCAGGCUAAACUCUGAGAUGGUUCCUUCAGUUCUGAAGCUGGAAAACACAUGAUUUAUAGACUCCAUUUGGCUGAUGGUUGAUUUUCAGGAUCAUGGAGAGUCUGAACACAGUUCAGGUACGAUGUUAACUAGCAGUGAGCCUCAGAACAGUCAGAGCUGUUUAGGAUUAUUAUAACAACAAUGUGAAUCAACUGAACACGUCGAGCCUCAUGCAAGAACGUGUUUGUUUUCUCAUCAUAAACCUCUUUUAUUUUUACCGUGAGGUAGUUUCCGUUUAAGAAAUUCGUAAUAUUAUGAGAAUAAAGUCAUAACUUAACAAGAAAAAAAAGUCGAAAUAUUCCGAGAAUAAAGUCAUAACUUUACGAGAAAAAAAAGUCGGAACAUUACGAGUAUAAAGUC